UACUGUCUCAAAAACAUCACUUUCAAUCAUGCAUAUCUAUCCUCCAUUGAUGGCUGUUUUAAAGAAGUUUAACUGGAAGAAAGUAGCAAUAGUUUAUCAGAAAGAUGGCUCUAAUUGGGAAUGUAUUUAUGAUUAUGUUCAUAAGAAAAUGAAUAGACAUGAAAAAGUCACAAUUACAUUGGUUGAAGAUCAUGAGGUUGAUUAUCGAAAAUUUCAUAAUAACGAUUAUAGCCAUGUUCGUAAAUCUGUUAAAAAGAUUAGUCAACAAGCUCGAAUUGUGAUUUUGUUAACCGAGCAUCAUUUGACUGUUGAGUAUGUCUUGGCUGCGUAUGAAGAGAAAUUAAUUCAAACUGGGGAAUAUGUUUUUAUUUGCUUUCAACUAAAUCUACAGGGAACUUUUAAAAGGAGCCAGAUAAAAUGGUAUUUCAGGGGAUUCUCCAGUAUCAUUAAAUUAGAAGAAAUUAUGGAUGCUUUUGGAUCUGUGUUGAUAAUUCAACCGCGUGUUGGUUCUUAUGGGUUUAAAACCACUGAUCGUUAUGAAAAAUUUUCAAAUAAAGUGAAAAAACUCAGCUUAUAUCCUCCAUUUAAGAGCAGAGGGUAUACAGGAUGCAUGGUGUGCAAGAAUUCAUUCCAACUUGGAUGCUCUAUGCAAGACUGUAAAGUUCCAUUGAACGAAAGUGACGUACCAAUAGAAGCUGGUAAUUUAUAUAAUGCCAUUCGAGAGUAUGUGUAUGCAUUAAACAAGACGUUAGCCAAAGGUGAAGAACCAAAUGGAAGAAAUAUCAUCGCCAACUUGAAAGGACAUACAUUUGACAGUGUUUUUGGUUUUAAAAUGACAUUUGAUAACUCUUCCAACGUCAUAUUUAACAUGACGUUGUUACAUCAAGAAUAUGCAAAUGGAACGAAAGAGAAGAGCAAAUGUGAACCAUUUGAUGCAAUGAAUCCUUGUAAAGUUAUGAAAGAAUUGGCGAGUUUUUGGUUGAAUGAGAAAGACCAUGAUGAAGAGAUUUAUCAUGGUCUCAAAGAGAAGAUCGCGUGGUAUGGAGGCUUAGGCAUUCCGAAGGAUACACCAGAUUGUGGAUUUAACAACGAGUUAUGUAGAAACAAAAAAAAAUCCAACAAUUGGAUUAAAAUAGCAGGAAUAAUUUGUGGUGCUUUUGCUGUGUUCAUUUUACUCUUCAUUGUUUUAGUCCUUGUAUUCAGACGAUACUGCAAGAAAAACAAUUCAGAUUUUUCUUUUUCUUUCAAAAAUCAACGAAGCACGGAUGAAGAAUUGUUACACUCACAGUGAAAUAUGAAGAAAACAUCAAAGUUUCAUGACAUGUCGUAGAUAUUACGAACAAUGACGUCAUGUUAAAAUCAAUUCAUCAGUUAAUCAGUUAGUUCAAAAACAAGCAAUGGAUAUCUUAGAACGAUGAUGGAUUUUUGAGUACAGUAAGAAAUGAUUGAAAUGUGGUCUAUGGAGAGUACUAAAGGGAUGUUGAAGGACAUCAAUUGAUAUUUGUUCACUCGGGGAGCUGAGAGGUAUGGAGAGAAGAUUGACAUUUUGGUCUUUUCUGACAAUGAAUUCAUCAAAUACAUUAAUUGCCAAAGGAUAAA